AUGGGCUUCGUCAACCUUUUCGGGCGACUUCGGCAACAGCCGCCUGCCAGAGUACCGACUGAUACGGUUGUGCCUCUGGUUGAAUUGGACCCCUAUUAUUACUACGCCGUGGAGUUGCUCUUCCGAUUUGAUUGUGUACUUGAUGCACAUCAGCUACAGCAGUCUUUGUCCCAGUUAAUGGAAAUAGGCAACUGGAGGCAGUUGGGCGGCCGAUUGCGCCGGAGGGAGAGCAAUUCCGAUUACCAAUUUGAUCUUCAUGUUCCAGCACAGUUUACUGAGCAACGCCCGGCCUUCAUAUACCGGACAUUUGAAUGGGACGGUAGUAUUGAUGACCAUCCCGUGGCCACCAGGAUACCUAGAAUGACCAACUCCAUCUCCGUUCACAGUGUUCGAGAUGAUCUGGCACCUUUGAUAGGUACCGCAGAUUUCCCUAAGACGGCAGAUGAUUGGAUCUACUCCGACUACCCCGGAUUCUUCUUUCAGCAGAUCAAUUUUCAUGAUGCCACACUGCUCAUGACGAUGUUCCCACACCAUCUUAUGGACGCGACAGGAUACGGUAUCUUCCUGGAUGCCUGGGCAGCUGUUCUUCAUGGAAGAAUAAAUGAUAUUCCUCCAUCACGCAGCUAUUCGAAUGACCUUGACCCUUGCAAUACACUGGCCGAGAAGGUCCCGCCCGAGCGGUACAUCUGGCACAGACACCUGAUGAGCCGGUUUAAUUCCCUGGUUUACACCGCGCGAACGAUAUGGGAUAAUUUAGCAAAAAAGGAAGAUCGUGUUGUUUGCAUUCCAAGCUGGUUCGUGGAGCAGAUCAGAGCAGAUGCGUUGAAGGCGCUGUCAACAUCACAAGAAUCCGCAUUUGUCAGUGAAAGCGAUGUUCUGGUUGCGUGGUUUUCCCGUCUCAUGUUAUCAGCUGUAAACCCCUCCCCUAGCAGGUCCCUUAUGUUGGUAAAUGCUGUCGACAUCCGUUCAACCGUCCUUGACGACCACCAAAGAACUGCCUACCUGAUGAACUUGAUCUUCAUGUCACAUACAGUAUUGCCAAUUUCCGAGGUGCUUUCGCAGCCGAUCAGUCAUUUAGCUUCUAAAAUUCGAGCUGCGCUCAUCAGUGACCGAACCGCGGAACAAAUACAAGCGCGCAUUGCCUGGUCCAAAGAAGUCGGUCGUCACCCUCUUAUUGGCCCCUCAGACAAUUUUACAUGUUUCAUUACGAACUGGGCUAAGGCGUCUCUUUUUUCUCUCGACUUUUCCCCUGCGAUUGUCGGAGAGAGAUCUUCAGCAACACCAUGUACUCCAUCGGCAUUGCUGUCUUAUAACGACGUCCAAAGAAUAACCCCUUCUUGUUGCGUGGUUCUAGGGAAAGAUGCUGAAAGUAAUUGGUGGAUGCAGUGGUAUUUGCCCAAGACAGCCUGGAAGAACGUUGAGAAGCACUUGCAUCCUACUAGUCAAAGCCGUUGUAGGAAGGGCGUGUAG